AUGCUUGAUAUAUAUGAUAUAACAAAUUUUUUUUUGUUUAUAAUUGUGGUUCGGAAACUUAGGCGACAGAAAAGCAGUUAUCAUAUUGUUGAAACGAACAAUUUGGAGUCGCACCUGGCUCAUAAAUAUUUUUUGUGUGCGCAUGAAGUAACCGAAGCAAUAUUUGCGCCAUACAAUUUUACGGAUGCUAGGAUACUAUUGAGUCCUAGUUUCCAGCAGUGUCCCAAUGUAUCUGUUUUUUAUAUUAUUCGUACUCAUCCAGGAAAUAUAAGAUGGAGGAGUAUUAUUCGCUCAACAUGGGCUGGAUCUCUGAAACAUUCCUUAAUAUUUGUAUUGGGUGUUGAGAAAUUAGGUGGAAUAAAUGAAUUAGUAGAGCUGGAAGCUAAAAAAUACGACGAUCUGAUCGUUUUUGAUAUGAUCGACACUUACAAUAACAUGACGCUGAAAUCAUUAAACAUUUUAAGUUGGAUUGUUCGAAAUUGUCAAGCGCCUCGAUUUUUUAUGCAGGGCGAUCCAGACAUAGUAGCGUUUCCGGAUGAAAUCGCUUCAUACACUUCGAAAUUGGAUGCCAAUUUGAUAGCCGUAUAUGGAAAAUGUUGGAAGGGUGCAAAAGCACACCGCGAAGAUAGUAGUAAAUGGGCUUUGAACUCACUGAUUUACCCAUCAGUAACCUAUCCGACUUAUUUGGCUGGUGGUGCAUGGUUAUUUUCUCAUUCAACCGCGAACCGUCUCCUGAUGGCUCUCGAAAAGCCUCUAUCCUAUGUUCACAUCGAUGACAUGUUGAUUUCGGGAAUAUUCGCAGAACUUAUGGAUGUACGCCGAGUUUGUCUGAAAACUGUUGGGUACCUGUAUGAAUUUUCACUGAAACAGUGUCGUGAUGAUCCUAUUCUUGCUGUUUUGCAACUUGAAGAUCACGAAAUUUUAAACACAAUCCUAGACUAUCGAAAAACUUCAAUAGAAUGUUAUGCUGGGCGCUCUUCAUACAAAUGA